UUUUAUUUAGGCUAAUAUUUAAAAUUAUUUUAAUUUCAUUAAUGCAUAAUAAAAGCUUGGGAUUCUUUUUCAAAACAUUAAAAUAUACUAAGAGUAGUCUCUAUUAAUUUGUUAUAUACAUAAAAACUAGCAUAAGGUUGGUAGUUUAGUAUGUUUUGUGCACUUUUGCGGCUUAAUGGAACCAUUAUGAGGAGAAAUGAAUUGAUAAUUGGUAAUAAAAAAAUUGGUGAUUCUCACCCCUGUUUUAUUAUAGCUGAAAUUGGGCAGAACCACCAGGGAAAUAUUUCUAUUGCUAAAAAGCUCAUUGAUGUGGCAAAGGAAUGUGGAGCUGACUGCGUCAAGUUCCAAAAGAGCUGCCAGUCAGAAAAGUUUACAAAGGAAGUCCUCAAGGCUGAAUAUUCCAGCACCAAUUCUUGGGGUAGAACGUAUGGUGAACACAAGCAAUUUUUAGAAUUUUCUGAAGAAGAGUUCAAAGAACUGCAAAAUUAUGCCAAUGAAAGGGAUAUUUUAUUUACAGCAUCUGCUAUGGAUCAGGAAUCGUUAAAAUUUCUUACGUCGCUUAGAGUGCCGUUUAUUAAACUGGGAUCUGGUGACUCCGACAAUCUUUUUCUUCUGGAUGAAGCUUCCAAAACAAACAUCCCUCUUGUAAUUUCAACAGGCAUGCAAGAUAACAGUGGAUUAAAACAGGUUUAUGAAAUUGUAAAACAGCAUCAUAGUAAUUUUGCCUUUCUUCAUUGUGUCUCUUCAUACCCAACACCAGUACAAGAAGCCAAUUUAAAAGCAAUCAUCACAUUAAAAGAAUCUUACCCGAUUCAGAUUGGCUACUCUGGUCACGAAAUUGGUUACAAUAUAACUUUAGCAGCAGUUGCAUUAGGUGCUAAGAUUAUUGAGCGACAUAUCACUAUUGACAAGAACAUGAAAGGAAGUGAUCAUUGUUGUUCCUUGGAGCCGCAAGAGCUAAGAGAAAUGAUCAAAUCAGUCAGAGAAAUCGAAAGUAGUCUUGGUGAUGGAAUAAAAAGGAUAAUGGAAUGUGAAAAAGCAUGUAUUUCAAAGUUAGGGAAAAGCUUGGUCUUUUCAAGAGAUGUCAUGGCUGGAAGUAUACUCAGUAGAAACGAUAUCAAGGUGAAAGUUUCCCGAUCAAAGCAAGGCUUAACUCCAAGGCUUUUUUUCGAUAUUUUGGGAAAAACAUUGACAAAAGAUUCGAAAGAAGACGAAGUAAUAACAAUCGAUUGUUUACAAUAA